ACAUUUACCCAUAUAGUAAAGCUUGGUGGGUAGUGGCUAUAAAAAAGGGCGGUGCAUUUCUAAUCUUCUUCCUUGUUUUCUCAGAGGUAUCUUCUUCUUCUUUUAGAGAGAGAGAAAGAGAGAGUGAGAGAGAAGAGAGAUGGGGAAUUGUCAAGCCAUUGACGCAGCAACAUUAGUGGUACAACAUCCAAGUGGGAAAGUGGACAAAUAUUAUUGGCCUGUGAGUGCUAAUGAGAUCAUGAAGAUGAAUCCUGGCCACUAUGUUGCUCUUCUCAUCUCCACCACCUUAUGCCCUUCUAAUAAUGACAAGGAAGAAUGCCAGGUUAAGAAUAAUGACAGCAACCACAACAGCAAAAACCAGCAGGUUCGUUUGACUAGGAUUAAGCUUCUCCGGCCGACAGACACUCUUGUUCUUGGCCAAGUUUAUAGACUCAUCACCACUCAAGAGGUCAUGAAAGGUUUGCGGGCAAAGAAGCAAGCAAAGAUGAAGAAAAACUAUUCAGAAUCAGCAGAGAAGCCAGAGAGGGUGGUGAAAGAGAAGCCGGAUUCUCGAACAGUCACAGCAGCAUCUAGAACAUCUGAACUGGAGAAGGACAACCAUACAAGUUGAAGCAGAGAUACCUGAUCAGAUCCUUCGAGUCAGCUUUGGUCCUGAUUGUGACAACACAUGAGAGACAACGAUCGAGGACAGCAGUAUCAAAUACCUCUGCAACAGCCAGGCCAAGAACAUGGCAACCAUCUUUACAAAGCAUCUCAGAGGCUGCAAGUUGACCAUGCUUUUAACAAGUUGUUAAGGAGAGAAGGGCAGUGGGGUUACUGCAUGACAUCUAAAACCUCUGACAAAUAAUUUUGGGGUAUUCUGGGAGGCCAAUUGUGAUCUUGAGAGAUCAAGGACUUCUUUUUCGAAUUGCUGAUCUGGGUAAUGUAAUGCAUAGCUGUGUAUAGCAAAGGGGCACAUAUCCAACAUUAGUGUAAUUGAGUGCUUUUCUGAAAUGAGAUUAGACUCCAUUUUAUAUA